CAGCUCUGCUGCGGCUUCUUCUCGGGGACUUUUAUUUCCCACAAUCCCCUGCACGUUCUCUCUCUUCCGGUUGUCGUGCUGUUCGUGUAGCAGACAGCUUAAUUAAAAAUGGCAAAGUCGAAGAACCACACCACGCACAACCAGUCCCGCAAGUGGCACAGAAAUGGCAUCAAGAAGCCCCGGACCCACCGUUACGAGUCCCUGAAGGGGGUUGACCCCAAGUUCCUGAGGAACAUGCGCUUUGCCAAGAAACACAACAAAAAGGGGUUGAAGACCAUCGCAAAGAAGGAGGCUCCGAAAUAGGAAGUGUUGGCUAGUCGACGGUGUACAGGAACUGCAAACGGACUUUAUACCAUCAACAAUAAAGCCAUGCUUCGUUAA